AUGCGUUACGUCGCAGCUUACCUUCUAGCAGUCCUCGGUGGCAACGAGUCUCCCACGUCAAAGGACUUGAAAAAGAUCCUCGACAGUGUUGGCAUUGAGACAGACGAUGAACGCAUGAACAAGGUUAUUAGUGAGCUGAAUGGAAAAAACAUCGAGGAUGUCAUUGCUCAGGGUAAUGGAAAACUUGCCAGCAUGCCGGCUGGGGGAGCAGUGGCAGUCGCUGCUGGAGGAGCUCCCCCUGCCGCAGCUGCCGCCCCUGCUGCCGCUGAGGAGAAGAAAGAAGAGAAGAAGGAGGAGUCUGAAGAAUCUGAUGAUGACAUGGGAUUCGGCCUAUUUGAUUAA